AUGAGCACGCGGUGCGCUCAGCAGCGUGACGGAAUGAGCUUGCGGUGUCGGAGCGGACGAAGAGGGUUUCACAUUCUGGAUGGACCUGAUACGUGUCGCCGCAGUGGUGUUGGGACUCGUGGUAGCAGAACUCCAGAUACAAAAAGUAGCCCCAUCUCUGCCCGCAGAGCCUUCAGUUGCGUAGGAAUCAGAACUAGGAGCCCUAAUAGUUGUAUGGGAACACGACGCAGGUUGACAAGGGAUGUAAUGCCACGCUCCUGCAGAACACCGAGUCCAAGAGCUCGUUCGCAGCGACAGCAGGCGUGUCGGGGUCAAAAUCACUGGACUCCAGAGAGGAAUAGCACAUGUGGUAAUGUCAAGGACGACAACGCCGGAAACAACAAUAGCGAUAACAGCAUCGUUAGUGCAAGUACCGCUGAUAUUGCAAAUGACCCAAAGGGAGAACCGGGGGUCGCUGUAAAGAAGAGAGAGGAGAAUCUCACCCUGAAAGACGUGGAGGAGCUACGCCGCCGGCGAGAGCAACUGCGCUACGGAGUUGAUACAUCCCUCUCUCGCAUUACGGAACUGCAACUGCUCACGCAAUCCUUCCGCUCUGGUCAAAGGAAUACCACAGGUGAGGGUAGUAAUUCUCUCUCCGCUACUGCUGUUUCCGCCGCUGCGGUUGGUGAUGGUGCUACCGGAAGUGUUGACAACGAUGAAAUGACAGCGAGACCAACAUUUGCCGAAGAUUAUGACACCACCAGUGGAAAAGAGGAAGCGCUGCUGUUCUUGCAUGCUGCUGAGGAGGAGUAUAUAGAGUUCAGGUUGCAGCUGACUCUGGCAAAUGCCGCCCUUUCUGCUGUUCCCCAAUCACUGUGGGCGGAUAUCCGUAGAUUUCGGCAACCACCACCGGCGGUGGCCGCUGUUAUGGACGCUAUGUUGAUAUUACUAGGGUUCCCUCGAAUUAGACGCAUGAGGCUAAGUUUUGGAAGUGGGGGAUGGCCGAGUCUCCCUCAGCAACUCAUAAGGUGCGAGCCACUGACCGCAUACCUGAACAUUGCAGAAUUGACGGGGCGUGAUUCGCAGAUAAAUGGGUGCUCGCCCUUAGAGGAGCUUGAACAAUUCUUGCGACAGUGGACUCACCUCCGUGUGUCACGUGUGCACCCGACUUUGGGACCACUUCAUCAGUGGGUGAAGGCAAUGCUUGACGCAAGCCGGGCUGCUGGCAGGUUGAAAACACUUAGAGACGCGUCAAGAGCUGCAGAUAUUACACCAGUUACCGACAGAGUGGCACUGCUGCGCGAGCUGGAGGAGAACGAGGAGUAUGUUCAGCUCGCGCAGGAGGAAAUAAGGGCGAUUGAUGCACUCGUUGCCGACGUAGCAGCGGCUGGGGCGAAAGGGCACUAUCGCACAAGUUUAAACCCAGGAAGUUUGUACAGUCCAAGAGGCAGCGUUGCGGGUGGUAUUAGAGAAACUGGGGAGUUGGCGGAAAAAGUAGGGGGUGCGGCUGCCGGGCGAUUCGGAGCCGCACGCACUUCGGGAAAGGAAGUGAGUCGGAAUAGACGGCUACAGAACAGCUGCCCGACUGCUCCUCGUUUCGGAGCAAAAGCGGCCUUAGCGGCUGGGGGGUUAGGGUCAUUAAAAGCGGAUCCUGCGAGACCAACACUCAGCUUUAAGGCUUGCAUGUCAUCGUUUAACCAAGUUGAGCAGGGACCACGGUCGCUGCGUGAGCGUUUUGAGCGGCUUAAGACCUCCUCGUUAUGUCACAGCCCACGGGUUGGCCCAGGUUCCCAUCUCGAAGGAAGUACCGCACGCGACGGCCUUGGCUGCUCAACAGAGGUUGUGAAUUCCAUCGGUGGCGUAAGUCUCUUGGGGACUACUCGUGUAUUCCGGGACAGGGAAAAACUACUUCUGCGCGUCCACCAACUGGAGGAGCAACUAAGCGACAUAUGCAGCAACCAACCGGGGGAGGUAGAGCUCGUGCUGAUGCGGGAUGAACUAGCAGCAACGCAGGAUGAGGUUAACAAGCUGAGGAAAGAGCGGGAUGAACUUCAACAACGCUUGAAAAGGUACGAGGCUUACGACGGCCCCCCCUCGCCACGAAGGAGCAUUGCAAGGAGAUUAAAUCACAACAUAGCCAACACCGAUGAGGAUGCCUCUACAGCGAUUGCCUCAGGGGAAAUUAUGACAAUAAUGGCAUUGGAACAGCAGCUGCGCGCCGCUCACACGCGCAUUCAACAUCUGGAGUCCGUCAUGAUGGGAGCUACUUCUGACGAUGGCACUCGUUGUACAUCGGCGAGCGGCAGCGGAAAUGAGUCACCAGAAACUCCUUAUGAUUCAACCGUUCGCCCUUGCAAUUUAGCUGCGUCUAACCUCGGCCAUAACGCCAGCAGUUUGGGGGAAAUGGUAUUCCUGCAGCGACGCUUAGACGACAUGCAACAAAGUUUGGAGGUGCAACAAUGCGCGGUUAGCGAGGCGGAAGAGCGGCUUAACAAUGAAAUGCACGCCAAGAACGAGGCUCAGCAGCUUGUGCGCCAACUACAGGCGGAACUGCGCAGCGUCUGGCAAAAGCUGGAAAUCACGGAGUACCAACUGAAGCUCGCACUGGAAGGUUCCCAUUGCCACCGCAGUUGCAUGGAUGGGAAUAACCUCGGCACUGAGUUUAUUCGAGACCUACAGCGACAACGACAGCGUGAGGCAAUAUGUGAAGGGGAAAUUGAGCGACUCCGCAUGCAGCUGCGUGAGCAAAAGGAACGCAGUGCGGAGGGGAGACGGCGGCGGCUUGAAAUCCGUAGAGUUCGCACCGCGCUUUUGCUCAAGUUGGAGAAUGCACUCAGUGAGGCCCUUCGGCAACAUGAGGGAUGA